AUGGUCGUGCCUGGAGACCUGGAAGACUGGGAGAGGGAAGUGAAGAAACAACAGGAUGACCUCUCUCAACAGGAAGACAAUGAUCCCCCAAAAGAAUAUGAUGCUGGGCAGUUUGCAGGCCUUCUCCAUGGAUCUUCUCCAGCGUGUGAGUCCCCUGAAAAUCCCUUUCAUCUGUAUGGGAAAAGAAAUCAAUGUGAAGAUGGACAAGACGAAGCCAGUUUGGCAAAUAGUCCUUUGCCUUUCAAACAGACUCCCAUAGAAAGUAACUCAGAGCCUUUGGUAAAGAAAGUUAAACCCAAAGUGGUCAGUAGGACAAUUUUCCACAAAAGAAGCCACCAGCUCGAGAACCAUACCAUUGUUGGAACAAGAACGUCUAGAAGCGGAUCCCGCACUGGUGACCAGUGGGGUGUGAAUACAGGGGGCUUUGUGGAGAGAGCGUGUACUCUGGGGAGAAUAAGGUCAUUGCCUAAAGCCCUGAUCGACAUGCACUUAUCCAAAAAUGUCUCUAAGUCUGAUUCCGAUCUGAUUGCCUACCCUUCAAAGGACAAAGCGAGAGUUAAUUGGAGUGAGUCAUCUACGACUGAACGCAGUUCUAAGGACAAUUCUGAGAGGACACCUUCCUUCACGUCUGAAUGGGAAGAAAUCGACAAAAUAAUGAAUUCUAUUGAUGUUGGAAUCAACAGUGAACUUGAAGAGAUGAAUGGUGAGAACAUGAGUAAUAAACUCUCUUCUACUCUAUGA